AUGUCACCUAUUCGAUUUCUUCUUCUUAUUCUUCUUUCCAUUGAAAUUACAUUAACGAUUUCGAAUUUUGCAUACAAUGGAAUAACUAAUGCAAUAAUGCCGAAACGCCUUAACGCUAUUAGUAUUACUAUGAAGGGCAAUCAUAGCCAACCACUUAAUUAUCGUAAUCGUGCUGGCUCAUUUAACAGAAUAAAUAGGUUAAAAUUUCUUAAACGGUUCAAUCUAAAACUUCUUACGAAUACAUCAAAUAUUUUUUCACCGACUAAAGCACUAAGAAGAAUUAUAAUACAAAUGCGUAAAGCACGUUUUAACGCCGUUCCAACAAUUAAUUUAUCAAAAUCUGUACAACCAGACAAAAAUCAAUAUGAUAUGAAAUUUUGCGAAUCGAUUAAAAAAACAACUAAACAUUAUGGCUUACGUGAUUUUCCUAAGUUUGCACGAAAUAACUGUUCUAUUAUAAGAAUAUAUUUCCGAAAAGUUUCCUGUGAAGAUAUCGUUAAUAUUGCUGAUUUCUGUUUUAAUAAAAAAUAA